AUGAGACCAAAACAUGGCGAAAUUCAAUCGUUAUCUAUCCGCCAUAUUCUCACGCACAAAUGUCUGACUAGAAAAAUAAUUAUUCUCCUCUUCCCCUCUUUCCCUCUUCUUCUUCUUCUUCACUUUCUCCUUUCUUCUUCUUCUUCUUCUUCUUCUUCUUCUUCUUCUUCACUUCCUACUUUCUUCUUCUUCUUCACUCCCCCCUUUCUUCUUCACUUCCUCAUUUCUUCUUCUUCUUCUUCUUCUUCUUCUUCUUCACUUCCUACUUUCUUCUUCUUCUUCUUCUUCUUCACUCCCCCUCUUUCUUCUUCACUUCCUCCUUUCUUCUUCUUCACUUUCUCCUUUUUUCUUCUUCACUUCCUCCUUUCUUUUUCUUCUUCUUCUUCACUCCCCCUUUCUUCUUCUUCUUCACUUCUUUCUUCUUCUUCUUCUUUACUUACCCACUUUCUUCUUCUUCAUUCUUCUUCUUUUUCUUCACUUCCCCCUUUCUUCUUCUUUUUCUUCCUUUUUUCUUCUUCUUCACUUACCCCUUUCUUCUUCUUCACUUCCUCCCUUCUUCUUUUUCUUUUUCUUGUUCUUCUUCUUCACUUACACACUUUCUUCUUCUUCACUUCCUCCCUUCUUUUUCUUCUUUUCCUUUCCUCCCUUCUUCUUCUUCUUCAUCUUCUUAUCCUUCACUUUCUCCCUUCUUCUUCUUGUUCACUUACCCAUUUUCUUCUUUUUCACUUCCCCCUUUCUUCUUCCUCUUCUUCACUUCCUCCAUUCUUCUUCUUCUUGUUCUUUUUCACUUACUCACUUUCUUCUUCUUCACUUUCUUCUUCUUUUUCUUCACUUCCCCCUUCUUCUUUUUCUUCUUCACUUCCUCCCUUCUUCUUCUUCCUGUUCACUUACCCACUUUAUUCUUCUUCACUUCCUCCCUUCUUCUUCUUCUUCUUCUUCUCCCUUUCUUCUUCUUUUUCUUCUACACCACUUCCCUCUUUCUUCUUCUUCACUUCCUCCUUUCUUCUUCUUCUUCUUCUUCACUUCCUCCUUUCUUUUUCUUCUUCUUCACUUACUUCUUCUUCACUUCCUACUUUCUUCUUCUUCUUCUUCACUUCCUCCCUUCUUGUUCUUCUUUUUAUUCUUCACUUACCCACUUUCUUCUUCUUCUUCUUCUUCUGCACUUCUUCCCUUCUUCUUCUUCUUUUUCUUCUUCUCAUUCUUCACUUACUCACUUUCUUCUUCUUCUUCAUGUUCUUCUUCACUUACCCAUUUUAUUCUUCUUCACUUUCUCUUUUCUUCUUCUUCACUUCCUCCUUUCUUCUUCUCCUUCUUCUGUGCCAUCUAUUCUUAAGGCUUUGGGCAUGUGGGAUUCAGAUGAUAAUUUAUAUUCGUAAAUAUGUUUAUCUAUCUAUCUAUCUAUCUAUCUAUCUAUCUAUCUUGUCUAAAACCUCUCGGAACUGGCAAAACUGUGGUUUGAAGAGAGGGGGCACCAAAAGGGGGAUAAAUUCUUCUACACUAUCUAUCUAUCUAUCUAUCUAUCUAUCUAUCUAUCUCAGUCUCUUCAUCUAUCUAUCUAUCUAUCUAUUCAUCUAUCUAUCUAUCUAUCUAUCUAUCUAUCUAUCUAUCUAUCUAUCUAUCUAUCUAUCUAUCUAUCUAUCUAUCUCAGUCUCUUCAUCUAUCUAUCUCUCUAUCUAUCUAUCUAUCUAUCUAUCUAUCUAUCUCAGUCUCUUCAUCUAUCUAUCUAUCUCAUCUAUCUAUCUAUCUAUCUAUCUAUCUAUCUAUCUAUCUCUAUCUAUCAUCUAUCUAUCUAACUAUCUAUCUAUCUAUCUAUCUAUCUAUCUAUCUAUCUAUCUAAUGGAAACCACCCCAUUGUCGUGUAUGACUAUAAUCUAUCUAUCUAUCUAUCUAUCUAUCUAUCUAUCUAUCUAUCUAUCUAAAUUCAUUCAUUAUCUAUUUUAUCUAUCUAUAUCUAUCUAUCUAUCUAUCUAUCUAUCUAUCUAUACAGCAUAUCAAAUGAAGGAAUUUUUCAGUGUCUUAAGAAUCAAUAAAAAUAAUUACAUGCAUCACGCGACUAAACCAACCAACAAGUCAUUAUCUAUCUAUCUAUCUAUCUAUCUAUCUAUCAUCUAUCUAUCUAUCUAUCUAUCUAUCUAUCUCAGUCUGUUAAUAUCUAUCUAUCUAUCUAUCUAUCUAUCUAUCUAUGUCAGUCUGUUCUUAUCUAUCUAUGUGUAUAGGGUUAGUCAUACAGCAAACAGAUAUGUAAGUCUAUCUAUCUAUCUAUCUAUCUAUCUAUCUAUCUAUCUAUCUCAGUCUCUUCAUCUAUCUAUCUAUCUAUCUAUCUAUCUAUCUAUCUAUCUAUCUAUCUAUCUAAAUUCAUUCAUUAUCUAUUUUAGUCUGUUCAUAUCUAUCUAUUUAUUUUAUCUGCUCAUAUCUAUCUAUCUAUCUAUCUUAGUCUAUUCAUAUCUAUCUAUCUAUCUAUCUAUCUAUCUAUCUAUCUAUCUAUCUAUCUCUUCCUAG